AGCGGACGGACGUGUUCUGACAUAAAUUAUUUAUUUUCUACACAAUAAUAAUAUAUUUAUUAUAAUAAUAUAUAUUCAUCAAAUAUGUAGAAUUAUGAAUUUUACAUAAAUAUUUACGAUCAGAUAUGUUAAUGUAAAAUUAAAACAAAAUAAGUCUGUAUGAUCAAAUAAAAGUUACAAUGUAAAAUAUUGUGAUGAAAAAAGUGAAAAUUACAGUGAUAUUAAAUUAAAUAAUAAAUAAAUCAGUUUAAAUGAUCUUGUGACAGAUUCUCUAGUUGAAAAUGCCUCUAUAAAUAGAUUCGUAGGAUACUAAUUACGUACUGAAAACAUUUACUCGUAGCUACUGUUAAUGAAGACUGAAAUCAACGUUUAACUUAAAAACACUCGCUAAAUAACAAGUGAAUAUUUUAAGAAAAACAAAAAAGAACAAAAGUGACUUAAAGAUCGAAAAGUAUUAGUUAAACAAUAGAGAAACUUAUCUUAAAAUUUAAAAGCAUUUAACACAAGCCCUGAAUCUAGGCCAAAUUGACUGAAAUUCGAUUUGGUGAAAAGUGGAACGAACAAAAUGUCAGCCAUCUUUGAUUCAUCAACGCCGUCCAGCGCUACUCCUGAAAACACACCUUCCCCAUCACCAUCACCAGGUCCUGAAACUGUGAACAAGUUCAACUGGCUUAAACACGCGAAGAAUGCAAGGAACAACCCAUUUGUCAAAGCCCGUCCAUCUUUAAACAGAGAGAGUUCCACAGCAGAACUGUUUUCCAGAGAAAACUCCAGUUCGGAUUUCUUCCAGAAUUCCACUCUCAAUUUGUUUGAGACGGCUCCCAAGCCGGAAACAAGUCAUAGCUACGUCAAGGGUGUUUCGUACAUAGGAUGGCAUCAACGGACGAAGCUGGAACGGGUCCUGCUGGUCACGACCGCUGUUCUCCUGGUGGCGAUCCUGCUCACCACCGCCGUCUUGCUGAUGAUGCGCGGACCUUCCUACAUACCAGUGCCGCCCUGUUACAUACCGGAGCUGAAAGAAAACGAUGUCUGUCUGUCCGGCUCAUGUAUUUACACGGCGAGCGAGGUGAUCAGAGCAUUAGAUGAGACACAGAACCCAUGUGAAGACUUCUACGAGUUCGCCUGUGGAGGGUGGAUAAGAAACAACCCCAUACCUGAAGGGAAGUCCAGCUGGGGCAUAUUCAGCAAGAUUGAGCUACAGAACCAACUCAUCAUCAGAUCAGCUAUAGAAAAAGUCAACAUAACCGGCCCAUCGGACGCGGAAGGCAAGGCGAGGGUGUACUACGACGCUUGCAUAGACACCAACGAAACCAUAGAGAAGCUGGGAGAGAAACCCCUGAUCAGCAUCAUAAAGAAGCUGGGCGGCUGGCACAUACUCUCCAACACCAUGAUCAAACAACAUAAAUGGGACCUGCAGAAGCUUUUACAGGAUGUCCAAAACACUUACAAUUUGGGCGGACUUUUCAAUUGGGCGGUUACAGAAGAUGACAGAAAUUCUUCCAAACACGUAAUUGUUCUCGACCAAGGGGGUUUAAAUCUACCAACACGCGACAACUAUUUGAACAAAACAGCACACAAGAAAGUUCUAGACGCAUACCUGGACUAUAUGACAAGAAUAUGCGUACUACUCGGUGCGAACAAGACUGAGGCACGGGAACAAAUGGCCAAAGUCAUCAAAUUCGAAACUGAUUUGGCCAAUAUAACUAUCCCUUCUGAAGAUAGGAGGGAUGAAGAAGGCUUAUACAACCCUUAUACUAUACAGCAGUGGCAGAAGGUCGCGCCGUUUCUCAAUUGGUCGAUGUUCUUUAAUGAUGCCUUCAAGCUAGUUAAUAGAACGAUACCCGACAAUGAGACGAUAGUAGUGUACGCUCCAGAAUAUUUCAAGAAUCUUGCCAAAGUUUUGAGGAAAUACAGUAAAACAGAAGAAGAUCAAAGGACUAUAACAAGCUACAUGAUGUGGCAAGUAUCCAGGUCUCUGUCGACGUAUUUGUCUAAAUCCUUCCGCGACGCCACCAAGAUAUUGAGGAAAGCGCUGUUCGGAUCUGAAGGGACUGAGGAGUCUUGGAGAUACUGUGUCACUGAUACUAAUAAUGCUAUAGGAUUCGCAGUAGGAGCGAUGUUUGUCCGGGAAGUGUUCCACGGUGAAGCGAAGACUCAAGGCGAGAUCAUGAUAGACAACAUACGGACGGCUUUCAAGAAGCAUCUGAAGGAGUUGGAGUGGAUGGACGCCGAGACAAGGGAAGCGGCUGAAACUAAAGCUGACGCUAUUACUGAUAUGAUAGGUUUCCCAGACUAUAUCCUAAACAAAGACGAGCUAGACAAACAAUAUGAAGAGUUGGAGGUGAAGCCGAACGAAUACUUUGAGAAUAACAUUGCCUUCAGUGUGUUCAGUCUCAAACAUGAUCUCAGGAAACUAGACCAACCUGUGAAUAAGACUAAAUGGGGCAUGACUCCAUCAACGGUUAACGCAUAUUACACACCAACGAAGAACCAAAUCGUAUUCCCUGCUGGUAUUCUCCAACUGCCAUUUUACGAUGGUGAUAACCCAAAGAGCGUAAACUAUGGUGCCAUGGGAGUGGUGAUGGGGCACGAAUUGACCCAUGCUUUUGAUGAUCAAGGUCGAGAGUAUGAUAGAUUCGGCAAUUUGAACCGAUGGUGGAACAACGCGACCAUAGCGCGUUUCAAAGACCGGACCCAGUGCAUACAGAAGCAGUAUUCCAACUAUGUGAUGGAGGGACAACAUUUAAAUGGGAAGCAGACUCUUGGUGAAAACAUAGCAGAUAACGGAGGACUUAAAGCCUCUUUCCAUGCUUAUCUAGAGUACAGCAAAAACGCCAAAGUAAAUCGAACUCUACCGGGACUAAAGUACAAUCAUCGGCAGCUAUUCUUUAUUUCUUUUGCCCAGGUGUGGUGUUCAGCAAUGACCAAAGAAUCUACGAAGAUGCAAAUUGAAAAAGAUGACCACACUGUAGCUAAGUUCCGAGUCAUCGGACCAAUUUCGAACCUUCGAGAGUUCUCCGAAGAGUUCAAUUGUCCUGUAGGAUCCAAGAUGAAUCCUAAACAGAAAUGUGAGGUAUGGUAAGCUAAUAGGACCACCUCAUGGUGUUAAUCAUGCUUCGCCGUUAAAGAUGAGGCGGUUUGCAGAAUAUUUUGUGUAUUGAGAACAUAAGUGGAAUAAAUUAUUUGUUUUUAAUCUAGAACGUAACGCUGAAAGAUACGCAGACCUAUGUUUCUAUAAUAGAUAUUAAAAAAUAAAACGCGUUGAUUAAACUGCUAGAUAUAGCAAAUCCAGCGUUGGAUCGUUGGACUUGUCAUGGAAUAAAUGUACCAGUGAUUAUAGCUCAGUACAGAUAAAUAAUAAAUAAAGCAUUCCAUACAAAACUCUUCAAUAAAAAUAGUGUCAAAAAUUAUGGCUGAGUAUCGAUCUUAAAUAGAACCAAAGGAUUACACACACUCUUCAGUGACAAAAAUAUAGACACUAGUCUACCGUAGCUGAAUGUUUAUACACUUAAUUUUAUGAUUACAUAUCUACUUAACUUUUCAGUGACAAAUAUUUAGACACAAACAACCUUGACCCAUUUGACUAGUCGUAAUAUAUUGCGAAUCAGCUUUGAUCGAUUGAAUGAAUUGAAAUGGUACGAGUAAUCUAAAAUAACAACAAAUAUAUAAUAUCCAUUCCGGAGGUGUGAUUCCGUUAUUAUAAUACACUCGUCGAUGUAACGAUUCGCAUAUAACACAAGCUUUAUUAUAAUUUGAAUUUUUUUCCAUGGGAUGCCAAAAAUAAAAUGUCACUAACAACGAAGUUGUCAUGGAAAUUCGCCAUUAAAAUUCGCUGUAACUUUACAGAAUGCAGGGGCAGUUUUUAAAAUACGUCACGUUUUUCAUGUUUUCAUCCUAUUUAGUAGCAAAGCAAACCAGCGCUGGAUUGUAACGUUGGACUUAACCAAAUAAUGUGUACCAACUUUGUGUCAAGUAAAUUUUUCAACACCAAUUUAAAAGGCUAGAUGAAAUAAUUUUACGGAUUUUUGUAUUUAUUAAUCGUAAACGUAUCCAGUUAGACAGACAGAAAAAACAUUGAACACCAAUUUUAUAAAUAUAGUUACAGUAGUUUCCAGUUUUAGAAAUAGGUUAUUGCCGUAUAAUAGUUACCUUUUAGAUUGCCUGAUGGUACAACGUAUCUUCGAACUCUUUUUUCAAAUGUGCCAAAUAUAUCUUUAAUUAUAUUUAUUUCAAAUAUGUUUCAAUAUAACAAAAAUAAUAGCAACGCGUGAGCUUAGCAGUGUUAUUAAAACGGGUAUGUAGUUUUAUAAGUACAAUUAUUUAUAUAGUUUUCAACGGUCAAUAGGUCAGUUGAAGUUUUCUUGUCUGGUGGUAACAGACGAAUUUAAAAUUGUAACGUUUUGUUUAUGCAAAUCUAAGUUUGAACUUAGUGGUCAACUACCGUGCGCCUAAUUGAAAACAUAUAAGUAAAGUAAACAUAUAUUUUAAUCUGUUGCGUAUUAUGUUUGGCUAAUAAAAUUGAAAAGACUGAAAUCGCCCGGCAAAUUAAAAGAAAAUCAGGACUCCAAAAGUAUAGUGCAAAUAUUGGAAUAACUCAGUUUGAUACUUGCAAUUUCAUUUUUUUAUAUAGGUUGCAAUUUAAGUUUUCACACAUGUGCGUUUUUUAUCAAACAUUAGUAGAUUUUUUUUUAAAAUUAUAAAGCUGGGCAAUUUCAGUCUGUUUUAAGUAGCCAAACUCUACUGCUAAUGAUUAGUCAUAAAAUUAGUCAAAUGACAUCUUGUGUUUCGGCACAAGAUGUUAUUUGACGUAACGUCUUUCUUCUUCAUAAACAUUUUAAAAUUAAAAUUCAGACUUUUAUGUAACUACUUUUGAAAGUCAAGUCAAGCGAACAGUGCAGACAUUAGGUACUGUAGUGUAUGAGCUAGGUUAAAUAAUUUACAUAAUAAUAUGAGGUUAUAAUACAACUACUAUUGAAAAAUCUAGGCAUUAAAAUACCAACACCUAUCGAAAAGCUGCUUAAAAUUUAACUAAUCACAUUUUACAUUCUUACGGUUUGUAUAAACAAAACGACAGAAAAGGACAAAAACUACCUAGAAAACAUAAAAACAAAUACAAUCUUUUUUAAACUUGGUUAUAGUUACGUGGAAGAUUUAUAUGUCACAAUAGGAUGACGGUGUAUAAAAAAUUUAGUCCUAAUAAGCUUCUUGUCUGCAAGUGAAUAUUGAUAGUUUUUUUAAAUAGGGUGUAUAAUCAUCAAAAGUUUUAACAUAAUUAUGCUGAAAAGAAGCUAGAGCUAUUACUUUGCAAUGAUUUAUUAUAUGCAAUGAGAGAAAAUUGAUUGUGGAAUUUUCCACAUAACGUCUAUUGCAGUUCCCAUUAGGCCUAAGCUGCGCACCACACCAUAUCUUGAGAUUAAAGAACGAGAAUAUAUUACCAAUCGACUAAUAGAUACUUAUGAAAGUGGAGACCGAAAUCGCCCGUCAAAUUAAAAAAAUCGGAAAGCAUAAUUCCGAAAAUUAUAGUGUAAAAAUUGGAAUAACUCAGUUUGAUACUUGUAAUUUAUAAUAAAUGUAGUAAUGUUUUCACAUAUAUGCAUCUUUAUAACAAACAUAAGCAGAUUUCUUCAAUUUACCGGGCGAUUUCAGUAUCUUCUUUCAGUGGCCAAACUCUAGCUGUGGGAUAAAAAAAAAUUCUGUUUUGUUGCAUUGGGACGACAACGAGAGCGAUAUUUCAACUCCGCCGCUAUUAGUAAAAUGAAUUUGUUGUUUUUAUACAGGAGUAUAUUUAUAUAUUAUUUUAGAUAUAAUCAUUACUUAUUAGUCUGGUAUAACUGUAAUUUUAGUACCUUCAAUAACAUACAUUAAUUAUCAUUUUAAAACUUUUGAUGAUUAAACAAGGAAAAUAUUUAAUAUUUAAAUACUUAUAUAUAAAUUAUAAUCUUGGCCUGACCUAAAUUUUCUUUAAUAUAAAAUAAAAACAAAGUAAAAAGGAGUCUGGCUAUUGUAAAUAUGCUAUCUCGCUUGCAUUUUUUGUGAUUACUAUGUGGUAGCGAGAUAUAUUAUAAUGAGCAUCAAAUUACCUAGAAUGUUUUACUAGUUGAUUCUUGCCUAGUUUUAUUAAAUUAAUUAAUUAUUAUUAUUUACCUGCCAAAUUCUUUUCCGUGUAGGUCGGGCCCUAUAUGUAAUUCGAUGUAUAGGUGUAAGUACUUAUCGCUUUUUUUUUGGACCUCUCCAUUUAUUGUGUGAAGUUAUUAAGUGUCUAUAUUUGGGUAUAAAUAUUUUUAUAAUAUUGAUUAUUUCAAUAUUCUGUAGUAAGUAUUUAUAAGAUCACAUUCAGAAUAAUCAAAAUGAUUACAUGUAAUAAUAAUAAUUUUGUUUUGAAGUACAUAUUUUAAUUAAUAAUGUAAAUGUACAUCAAUUAAAUAGUAUAUAAUUAUUAUGUAAAGGCUAAGUUACACGAAGAGAGUUAAAAAUUAUGAUGGCUCUGUAGCGUAACUCUAGAGGCAGGGCUGGUAAAUUGUCACGGCUCCACGGCCCGAAAUGGCAAACCCGUAAGGCCAUUAGCUUAGUAAUCAAUCCAACACAAAAAAGUACGUAAUGAAUUUUCUGGAUAAUCAAAGGUAAGCGUUGACUCUCUAACACAAUUUGACUCUGUUUUAUUUUUUAAAGCUUGCAGAACACUGUCCUAGGCGAUAAGAUUAUUAUUACAUAAGCAGAAACGGUUACUCGUAUUGAAAAAAACUUGUAAAUACUAUGUCUUGUGUAGCUUAGCCUUUAUUGAAAAACCAUAUUUUUUAAUUAAAAAUUAUUUAUAUCAUUAUAUAAGUCUACUUGCUAUCAGUUCGUAUACACUGUAAGGUAUACAUACAUUACCCAAGUAAGGUAUAUUUACAAGUAUUUUAUAUUUUUAUUUAAGUGAUAUUAGUGAUGUUAGAUGUAACAGCAAUUCACUGUAUAUAUGCCUAUUUAUAAUAUUUUGUAGUGUGAUAAACAAAUGAUGUCAGGAACAUGAAAUAAUUUUAUUGGACCAAGUAUUAAUUGAAACAAUAUAAUAAUUUGCCUUCCAAUAGAUAAGUCAAACAGCAGCAUACGAGUAGUUCAUAUUGUUGUUAAUUAUUGUGCGUAGAAUAAACUGGGUAUUGUUUUCAUAUUUUUAGCGGUAUAUCAUACAAAAUUGUAAUCACAAUCGCUAGAUAUUUAGCUUCAUGCCAAAUUCUAGAUAUUUUUUUUUUGUUUUGUUGCUAAGAAGCUAAGUGACUGGCGAUUAGACAUGAUCUUUGAAAAUACGGUUGUUUAAGGGACUUAAAACCGGCUACCUUAAAGCCAUUGCAGCCCAAACACCAUAUUUGCCUACCCUACCUACUCAUGGUAGGGGCAUGAGCUGACAAAUUUUCAGCUUGUAUAAAAUUGCGAAGGUCUUAUGCAUAUGUUCUUAUUCCAUAGCAUAUGCAACCCUAAGAAGCGCUUAGAGACGAGAGAAAGACAAAAAAAAAGAGUUCGCGAGCUCUUUUUGCGUUGAGACGGAAGACAGAGUGAUAUGUCAAAUCCGCAACUAUUGGUCGACGAUGUCUUUUUCUUUUCACGAGCUAUUUUGUCGUUAACGCAUGUCUACAAGAUGUCCUGUAGCUAGGCCUACAGAAACAGAAACAAACAAAUUAUUAUUGAGUUUCACCAUAUAUUUAAUGUAGGUUACCUAGUUUGGUAUAGACAUUAUGCUUUGUGUUAUAAUAUAAACAUAAGUAAAUAUAUUUUAUGACAUAAAAUAUUUAUUAUGAUAUAAUAUAAUUUUACGUAAUUUUGUGUUGUUGGUGUCUUGCUUAUGUAAAUAAUAUAUAAUAAAUAUUGUGAAAUAUAUUUAGAUGUUUAUAUAAAGGAAUCUCGUAAUAUUAUAUCUGGGAAACCGAGCUGCGCUCUUGAUUUUAUUUUUGUAAGACCGUGUUAUUCUUAUUAUGUUACCAAAUAGUAAUUAUUAUAGUUUAAGUGUCAUAGCACUAUUCCGUAAUAAAAAUUACUUAUGUAAAUUUUAACUGUAAAUUGUACGUACGUUACGAGUAUAAAUUAUAUUGUUUUGAAAAUACCUACAUUUUUAUUGUCUUUUCUCGGUUUCUGAAAAAAUAUUAUUAUUAUAAUACGAGUAUGAUAUUUAAAUACAAAAAAAAAAACAAAUUGUUCACACCUUUUUUGAGAUCUUAAAAUUAAUAUGACGUGUACAAGAAAUUUCUCCUCUAAAUAGAUUCUAAUAUUAGAUUUAAAUAAACAAAGGAUUGGAAACUUAUAUAAAAUUAUAACCGAAAAUAGCUUUAGAAUUUUACUUUGUUGUCUGGGAUUCAAGAAUAUAAAAUAUGCAAUAUGCCUAGUGCCUACUCCUAAAAUACAUCAUUAGCUUAUAAAUAGUAAUAACAAAAUAUAUUAACUGUAGUAUAUUGCGCUGAAUAAGCUGGCAAAUUAUAAACAUUAAUGAAUUCAUGUUUACAUUCAGUUUUUUAUAUGUGUACCUAGUUACAAAACAAUAACAUUUCUGGAGGGUUGACAAUAAGCUUUAGCUUUCAAUAUAAUAUCUCAAAGAAUAUAAUACGAGUAACAAGAUCUCUUUGAGCCAUACAGUUUUCGUUUCGCCAAUAACUAUUGGCAUACAUCUGCUCGCUUUAUAUACAAAACAAUCCAAUUAAACUUAAUAAUGUGUCUUGAAACUAUUUUUAAACUUAUUAUUACACUACCCACAAAAUGCAUCAAAGUUCGUCUGUAAGAGGUUGCUUCAGUGCACUUAGUUUAUUUUUAUUUUAUAUAUUUCUAUGUUUUUAAACUAAAUAAAAUGCAAUAAAUAAAUGAAUUAUUUUUCAAUUCAUCCAAUUACUCAAUUAGAGCCAGAUUUUUAACCAACUCUUGUUAUAUAAUAUAUAUAUUAAUUCAUAUUUUGCAGCAAACCGUGUCUAUGUCCAUGUCCACCAACUUAAGCUUUAGCUUAAUUCAAAUUUUAUAAGGGAUAUACCAGGGAAUGUUCACAUACAUGGUACAUUACUAUGCUUUUUGACAUUUUAUAUACAUAAUCAUUAUUUUUGGCAUUCUUAUGAAUAUUUAAUAUUUUACAAUGCAGCCACAUAAUCAUUUAGUCCAUUGUUUUAAUUGACGUACUUUAUACGUGUAUAUGUAAUAUUUUUUUAUAGUUUCUAAUACUUUUCAGAAGGUUCUUAGGGUUCGAAAACUAGAAACUUUUAGGAAACUUAACGAACAACUCUACUGCUGAACGGAUCUUAAUUGGAUUUGGCACAGAGAUAUAUUAUGUUAAUGUAAAACAAUAUAUUGAAUAUAUACUUACAAACAGCGUGCAGAAGUGAAUAUGGAAGGUUAAUUACUAGCAAAAUAUUGACUAUUGAUUAAAAUUAUACCUAAUACUUAUAUGAUUAAUUGGAUUGACUUGAAUAAAGUUCUUUGUAAUAUGAAAAUUAGGGCUUCACAGUAUUAUCAUGUUGUCAUAAUACCUAUACUUAUAUAUUAUAAUAACUAGUAAUUUAUUAGGUAUUUAUAAAAAUAACAUACAUUUGACAUUUUAUAAUCUAGGUAAAAGAGCUAAGCGAUUUUAUUUUUAUUUAUUGUUUUGUUUUAUAUUCGCCAUGAUAAGCAUACGUUUGAUCUAUAUUUUUGUAGUUAUUUUUUAUAUAUUUUUUAAAAUAUGAAGUCGUGAGUGAUUUCAACACCUAAUACUGAAAUAGAUUUCUAUUUCAAGUGUUGAAAUCACUUAACGUAUCAACUCUCGGGAUUUUAACUGUUAUACUUACAUAUCCAUCCCAUAGAACAAAUUAAAUAAAUAUAUUUACCAAUUUAAUUUGUUUAAAGGAAAAAUUAUAAUUUCAUUAAAUAUGAAAUAUUUGUCAAAUCCGGCCAUGGUUAAUAAUUUUCAGUCUCUGUAAUAAUGAUUGUACCUAAUUGCACUUCGUCAAAUUAAAUUAAAUCAUAUUUAAUUCAUUUUCAAAAACAUUUUAUAUAAUUUUUUGAAAUUAUAGUUUUACAUUAUUUAAAAGAAGAUACUAUGUUUUAAUCACAAAAUGGUUAAAGUAAAUCAUUACGUUUUAUUAUUAUUGUAUAUAUGAUAAUAAAAUUAUUUAAAAAUUAAAUCAGUUACUUACAAUUACCUAAUAUGAAAUGUAAAUCAGUUAUAAUUCAAACUUUAUUUUUAAUAACCUACAUUAUAUACUAUUUUGUGCCUAGGCCUUGUUGAAUAUUUUUAUUUUCUUGUGCGUAUAACUUUAUAUUUAUGAAGAAACUAUAAUUAUAAUAUUAUUAAUAUGUUACCAUUCUGACUGAUUGUGAAUCAAUUUAUUUAUUUGAGUUUAUUAAAAUUGUGUUUAUAAGUAGGUGAUAAAGGCUUUUAUUUGCU